AUGUACCCAUUAAAUGUGCAUUCAAUGCACACCAGCCCACUACAACAGCCGGGUGAACUAUCACCUCUCACUUCCCAGCCCCACGACAACCCCUUUUCAAGUGAACUCAGCUUCACGUCGAUGACAAACCAUGGCCAAGGUACUCGAGCAAGUUCCCAGCGUGCAAUGCUACCCAACUUGCAGGGCUUUCCUGCUAGUGGCGACCAGAAUCGUUCCUCGCUCCUUUUUGCAGAUAGCUCUCAAGACCCAGGCACAUACAUGGAAAAUGCAACCUCCUCCCCAACCCUCAUCCGAUGGGUUAUCACAACAACUCCAUCUGAAAUGCAGAUGUUACACAGUCAUGUCAGGGCUCUCGAAUAUACUAAUCAAACAUUACUUGCGAGCCAACAAGCACUCACUUCAGGUCUUCAAACCGCCAAUGAAAAACUUCAAAAUCUUGAGACGACCCUCCACGAACUUGUUGCCAUGAAACCAAAAAUGGCUGAUAGUUCCUUGAAAAAUGUUUCAAAUCAGCACCCCAAGUUAAAAGCAAUGAUCCAUCCACUAUUCUUUGACCUAUGUGGGGUGGAGAAGACGGCUAAACAAGACGAAAGGAUACAAACAUUAAUUGACAACCUUGAGCCCUAUCCUGACGAUGCACCUGUUAUGAAGAUUGACCAUACAGUCAAUGUCUGCUUUGUGAAUAAAAUUGUUGAUUGUGUCUGGGAUAAUGAAACAACCAUUCUAGGAGGCAAGCCAGAGCUUGUAGAUGCUGACUACAACAAAGAUGUCAUUAUCAAGAUGACAAAAUUGUACUGGCGCAACUUACAGUCCCAAGUAAAGGCACGCGCUGACUUGCUAAGGUUUGAAAAACUGCAAGAUAAGCAGCAAAACUCUCGGCAAUGUGCAAGGCGUUCAUUGGUUGCCAAUUGUCAACAUGAAGCCAUCCCAGUGUUUGAAGCCAAGUAUAAUGUGGCAGAUGCUGUGGCAAUGAUUGACACCAACUUUGGCUCUGACUAUAUCUCCUUUAACAACUCUGAUUUAAGUGAUGCCUCAAGGAAAUGUCGUAAAGAUCAAGACAUUCCAGCUAAUGGCUGGAUGAAAAUUGGGCUCUGUUGGCGCUUACUAGAUUAUAUUGUUUUCCUUGUGGAACUGGAUUCAAUUGUCAAAGGGCUACAUAGCACAGCAAUAGAAACCAAUGAUCCUAGCACUGCACCCCCACCAAAACAACGCAAGACAACUAAGAAAAGGGAUACAGCUACAAAGAGGUUUACCACUCACCCCUCAAAAAUGGUCAAUAAACCACCGCAAUCAGGAAAAGCGCAGCCAACAAAACCAUUCAGAUCAAUAGUUCAAAAGGCCUGGCUUAAUGCCAAUCCGUCAGUUGAAGUCCUUGAGAGUAUGGCCUGGUUGCAAGAUUGUCAUACUCGUGCGAAGCAAGGGGAGUUAGUAGCUAAGGAUAGGGAGUAUCUCAGGGAACUGGCAGAGUAUUUGGCUGAGAACGAUGGUGAUAAUGAUGUAAAUUUGUAG